AUGUCGUCGUACUAUUAUAUUUCAUCCAAUCCGAUUCCAUAUACGAUUCUUUGUAGUUUAUCUUCGGUACAAAUUCAAAAGUUACGAUCUGGUCUGAAUUUUCUCGAACUUCCAUCGAGAGAUCCAAGUAAAAGCAAAGCAAAAUUUAUUCGCUUGAUAAUCUAUCAAAACCCGGACAAAACUUUGAUUGUUUGUCGAAACCUAUGUCGUCACGCAGGGGGAAACUUUGUUCAUGAUAUCGAAGACGCACCACAAAUCGUGCGGUGUGCAUUUCAUGGAUGGAAACUCAAUGUUCAAACAUUAGAAUAUACUCAUCCGGCCGAUUGUCUCAAGCAAAAACGGUUAGAGAUUGAUCAAACCAAUGAGAAUGAAUGGUUGAUCUUAGAACCAGCAUUGUACGAUCCAUGGAUGAUCGAUGCGAAAGAAAAACAAGUUUUACAGCCUGAUGAAUUAACUGUUACCUUUAUUAGUCACGCUUGUAUAGAAAUUCAAGCUGGUCCGACCCGAUUGGUCAUCGAUCCAUGGUUAAUUGGUCCGGCUUAUGAUCGAAGUUGGUGGUUGUUACAUGAUAUCGAUGAGAAUUCUUUGGAAAGGAUCGCCAAUGCUGAUGGAAUUUUCAUCUCGAAAUCCACUCCGGACCAUUUCAAUCGAUGUACUCUAAGACGUAUUGUGCAACUCAAUCCGGGUAUUCAUGUUUAUUCUCCGGAAAUGUUGAUUAGUUCGCUUGAACAAUUAGGAUUUGUUAAUACACAUUCCAUUCGAUUGGGAAUUUGGGAAGAAAUGCCGACGAGUGAAUGUCGUAUGAUGAUUUUACCUGAUCAUAAACAUCCAUAUGAUGACUGUGCAUUCCUGUUCGAAUAUAAAGGCUAUCGAAUAUUGAAUUUAGUCGAUUGUUCAAGUCCGAAUGGAGAUUUUCUUCCCUAUGGUGUUGAUGUUUUACUGACAAAUUUUACUUCGAACAAAAAUGCUUAUCCAUCAUGUUUUAUCGAUCAAUUCAACGAGAAGAAAGUAUUGCAACUGGCGAAAAACAAAGAUGAAAAGUUUCUUAAAAGUAUCAUCAGGUUUAUUCAAUUGAGUAAUCCAACUGUCUGGAUUCCAGUUGGUGGUUACUUUCUCGAAGCAGACGAACAGAUUCGAUGUCUAAACUGGAAAAAUGAUCCGAUGGAUGUUGCUGAGCAACUUCGAACACGAUUCCGAUAUUUAAAAACAUGGUGUCCUUUUCCGAAUGGAAAAUAUGAUGUCGGAAGUAGUACUGGAGAUUCGCCAAAGAGAUCGGUGGAUGAUUAUUUAGCGAAAUCGUGGGAUUUCCAGUAUUAUAAUGAUCAAUUCGAGGGAAUUUUGAAUAAUUCAUCUUUAGAAACAAUGAAAGGUGUUGAAGAAUAUUUCAAAUGGACGUUAUUCAAUAGCUAUGAUCUUAUUCUUCACAUAGUCGAAGUUAAGGAUGAAUUUUCUGAUAUAAUUCAGGAAUAUUAUAUUGAUUUUCUCAAUUCAUUUCCGUCAUUUCCUCCAUCUCGUCCAAUAGAUCGUCCUUACUUACGUAUUCGUAUCCAUGCAUCAGUUGUCCGCCAUGUAUUUCUUCAUGGUUUGUCAUGGAAUUAUGUCUUCAAUAGUUUCAGUGGAAGAUAUCUCGCCCAACCAGAUGUCUAUCACCGAAAGUUCUGGAAUCAUUUCAAAUACAAUCUGCCAAGCACUCCUCCUCGAAUUGAUGAAUCGUCUGAACAAUUAUGA